GUCCGUCGUUAGUGUUUGGAUUUGUCUAUGCGCCGCAAGAAAGUUUAGAUCACAAACCGGCUGUACAUGUGCUUUGCUUCUUAGGAUCAUUGUCUGCUCAUUUGUCAGCUUUCCAGAAUCCAAUGCCAUUUGUUCUUAGUUUGAAUCGAAAGACCUCUUCCUCUUUCACUCCCUGUCUUGUUAUGCUUGCCAGACUAAUAAUACAGCCCAAACACCCGCCCAGAUACCGGUUAUACAAAUCCGCUGCUCCCCUUUCAAUUUUCCAAAAGUUUGGAUAUCAAUGGCGUCCCAAGAAAACGACUUGAAGCUUUCUACGCUGGAGUUGGCAUGCUCGGAUUUGAAAUCCAUCCUUCAAGCAUCCAACAAAAUGGAAGAAAGCCUAGAAAAGAUGGAUAAUAGAUUUAUUAUUAUAGAUGAAAGUCUAUCAACAGCAUCAAAAAGAGUAGCUCCUUUGCAUUCUUUAGCCAUCACUGCAAAAGCUUUAGAAACCAGAAUUAACAGAGCUAUCUCUCCUGCUCUUGCUCUUCUCAAUACUUUUCAGCUCUCUGAGUCUCUGCAGAGCGAGAUUCUUGACGUUUACUCUAAAUUAUCCACCUCGGAAAAGCCAAAGAAACGGCGAAAGCUCUUGCUUAGAUACGUUGAUUGUGUGGAUAGGCUAAACGCAGCUAUAAACGCAAUUAGCCAAGAUGGGGAACCGGUGAUUCAGAAGCUACAAGAGGUAGUGGAGUUCUUGAGCAGGACUAAAGCAACGGAUCAGUAUAGGGCUCAUAGGUUGAGAGAGGCUCUGGUUACGCUUAAGGCUCUUUUUGAGACUGAGGUUGAUGCUAUGAAAUUUGAUGGAUUGCUUGAUCAGGCUUUGCUCAAUUUACAAGACCAGUAUGAAGGUAUGUUGCAGCAAUUAAAGCACCAAAAUAUUGGCGAGUCAAAUGGGGAAGAUGAAGCUGAUCGAAUAGCCAAUUCUGAUCUGGGUACGGAGCAGGAGAUUGAAGUUCUCAGUAGAAUUUCAGAAACUCUAGCUGCUAACGAUUGUUUGGAUAUAUGCAUUGAUAUCUUCGUCAAGGUAAGAUAUAGAAGAGCAGCAAAAGCGUUAAUGCGGCUGAACCCAGAUUAUUUGAGAAAAUACGCACCUGAAGAAAUAGACGAAAUGGAGUGGGAAAAUUUAGAGACAUCCAUAAGCCUUUGGAUCCAACACUUUCAACUUGCAGUUAAAUCAGUUUUUCAAUCUGAAAAGAAACUCAGCAACCAAAUUCUUGGAGGAGUGAUGGAGGGAGCUGUCUGGUUAGAAUGUUUUAUCAAGAUUGCAGACAAAAUCAUGGCAGUCUUUUUUCGAUUUGGAGAAGGCGUUGCAAGGAGCAGUAAAGAGCCCCAAAAGCUUUUCAAGCUUCUUGACAUGUUCGACUCUUUAGAAAAGCUUAAAACAGAAUUCUCAGAAAUCUUUGAAGGUGAAGCUGGAGCUGAUUUUUGUGCAAGAUUUAGAGAGCUAGAAAAACUUCUUGUUCACGCUUCAAGCAAAGUCUUUUGGGAGUUUGGCCUCAAAAUUGAAGGAAAUUCCGAUGGUUUACCUCCAGCAGAAGACGGUUCAGUCCCGAAACUUGUGAGAUAUGCCAUUAAUUAUCUCAAGUACUUGGCCACUGAAAAUUACAGUACAUCUAUGGCUAAAGUUCUUCGCACAGAACAUAUAUGGAAAGUUGGCAUCUUAUCAAAACCCGAAACGGAUGAAAAUUUGCUCAAAGAUGCCAUUAUCAAUAUCAUGGAAGCAAUUAAAAGAAACAUCGAGUCAAAAAGAUCGCGUUACCAAGACAAAAUUUUGCCUCACUUAUUUGCUAUGAACAUAUAUUGGUAUAUUUACAUGAGAACAAGAAACACGGAGCUUGGGAAGCUAUUAGGAGAGCAAUACAUGAAAAACAAGUAUAAAGUUGUUGCAGAGGAAUCAGCUUACAUGUAUCAAAAGCAAGCUUGGGGAGGUCUUGUAAGAUUACUGGAAAUAAAGGAAGAUAUAAAUAUACAGAACAGAAUUAUCAAUGAGAAUAUUGCAAAUUCUGUCAGAGGAAAAAUGGAGUCUUUCUUGAAGGGUUUUGAAGAGAUUGUACAAAGGCAUAAAGGGUCUAUUUAUAUAAUUUCUGAUGAUGAUUUGAGAGAGCAGAUUGGAGAUGCGACUGUCAAGUUAAUUGUUCCUGCUUAUACAAAGUUCUUGAACAAGUAUGCAAGUGUUUUGGAAUUGGAAUACGUUGAUGAAUCAUGCGUUAGUCCUGAGAUUAUAAAGCGGUUGUUGGGACAAAUUUUUUUCUACGGUGGUGAUUGGAUUAGUCAUGGGAAGUUUAAGCGUAGGGAUUCAAAGGAUCGAACAUCUGGAGCGAGCUCGGUGUCUGCUGGUUAAUUAUUUGGAAUUUCUUCUACCAUGAUCUCUGGCCAUAAUGUAUUGUAAACGACUGAAAUUACUUAUAAACGACAAGUUUUUAUUUAAAUAUGAAUUCAAAACAGCUUGUGUGGAAAA